AUGUUUUGGUCCAACUUCAAGUCUCGUUUGACACAGCCAUCCAGCGCUGUGGUCGACGCUACUAUAGACAAAAAAGCUGAUUUUUCGCCCUCCGUGGCAUUUGUUGAACACUCGAGCAGCCCAAGCCGAUGCAAGCCAGCGCCAACAGCCACUGAAAGCAGCGCCUUGCCUUUCAUUGAACCAGAGACAGUCGCAGAUGCGUGCCGCAACGGUCACCUAUGGGUCAUAAUAGACGACAUCAUCUACGACUGUACAGACUUUGUGCACAAUCAUCCUGGCGGCGCUCGUGUUAUCGAAACUUUCAGAGGCAGCAAUUGCUCGUGGCAGUUCUGGAGAUUUCACUGUGAGAAGGAUCUGACCGAAUUUGGUAGACCGCUUCGCAUAGGGCGGACGAAAGGAAUCAUAAACAAAUUCAUGGAGCCCCCGAGAUUUGUUGGACUUCGGAAGUUUUGGAAUUCAGAUUAUUAG